CACUCUUUGUUUUGUCACUUAAAUAGUCUCGAAUAUUCGCCUCGACUCUUCUACAGGCCGAGUCGCCGUGAAUAUUGAGCAGAUCGUUGGGUUAACAAAUCUUCUCUCUCUCUCUUUCUGAUUCGAAACUCUCUCUGUCUCCAGUUUCUGCGAUGUCAGAGCCACCCUUUAGACCAAGAGAGAAAAUAUUUGAGAAGCAAAAGUACUUCCAAGCGGUCCACAAACACACAUACCUGAAAGGUCCUUAUGAUAAGAUCACCUCAGUUGCCAUUCCUGCAGCUCUGGCAGCUUCUGCUUUGUUUCUGAUUGCACGGGGCAUCUAUAAUAUGUCUCAUGGGAUUGGAAAGAAGGAAUGAUAAUAGCAAUGCAAACUCUGGUUAAGAAGGCACAAUUUGGCAGCUCAAAUUCUGAAAUAUAUAUGCUUCCGGACUUGGGGGGCUGGUCUUGUUUCUUAAAUCUAAUAAUUGUGUAGUUUGCACGUGUUGCUGGCAAUAACCCUUACCCUUUGAUGGUCUAGCUUCAUAGCUUGUUUGCAUGUUUUUUUUUUUUUUUUGUCUGUUUAGUCUCUGUUUCUGUAUGGCUUUGACUUUGGGAAUCAUGUAAUCUUUUGGGCAUUUCCAUCCUGCUUUAUCAAGCGCUUAAGAUGUUUUGCA